AUGACGAGCGUGACAGAGGACGAUCUGUGGUGGACGUUAAAUGACCAGUCUUCCACUGAAGCAGAAUCGAAAAGUACGACUAAAAUGGGACCUGUAACUACGACCACAGUAGAACCGAAAAGUUCGAUUACAAGCACAGAAGAAUCGAAAAGUGCGACUAAAAAAGGACUUGCAACUACGACCACAGAAGAAUCGAAAAGUGCGACAAAAAUAGGACCUGCAACCACGACCACAGUAGAAUCGAAAAGUGCGACUAAAAUAGGACCUGCAACUACGACCACAGUAGAAUCGGGAAGUGCGAGUAAAAUAGGACCUGCGAUUGCGAGCACAGAAGGGUGGAAAGGAGGAAAUGAAAUAGGAACUGCGGCUCUGACAAAAUCAGGAUCGACAAGUACGAAUAAAAUAGGACCUGCAAUGAUCUUAGUUGCGUAUAAGCUGAUAUAUGUCUAUGUGUUAUGA